UCUCUGUUCCAGACCACCGCUGACACCCGUGGAUAAGUAGCUGCAGCGGCCGGCACGGGAACUCUGUCUUCGGCUUUGACCAUGGCCAGGACUGGUUUCUGCGACUCCAAGCCCCUGCUGGACUUACACAAGAAGGCGGAUGAGAGGCGAGCCCCAUUUAGAGCUUGGUUCAAUGCCUGUGGACCUAAAAAUCGCUGGCAACCUGUAGAAGUAGAUGACUCCAUGAUGGCCCCUAUCAAAAUGCAGCCGGAACGCAGAUGGGAAAGGAGAUUAACAAUGCAGACAAGUGGUGAUGUCAUCAUGGGGUGUCAUGAAGACAGUCGAACGCGCUCUGCAGCAGCUGGGUGUGUGGAGGAGCCUGUGCUUUUUCACCCUCUUGGGCUGCAGGGUCUUCACAGCCUACAAGCACUGGUGCCCAGCUUGCUGCGCCAUGAAGUGGAGAUGGCGCUGGAGAAGCUGGACCUCAUAUGGGACAAGACGUUUGCCUGGGACAUGUUCUUGGACAUGAUGAGAACUCAAACACGAAACUCUCUUCCCAAUGCUGACCUGCCCCGCAAUUUCACUGAUGUCACACGCGCUGUCCUGGUAGACUGGCUCAUUCAAAUUCAUGAGAUGAUGAAUUUUCAGGAAGAGACCCUCUAUCUGACCAUACACCUCCUCAACCGCUCCCUACGUCAGAUCAAGGUGACCACAGCCAACCUGCAGCUCCUCGGCAUGGUUUGCCUCUUCCUUGCUGCAAAGAAAGAGGAGUGUCUCCUCCCUGAGGUGUCUGGACUCUGCUACUUGAUGGACCACACCUACACUAAGCAUCAGCUGCUACGACUGGAGCGCAAAGUCCUCUGUGGGCUCAAGUUUGAUUUGUCCUACUGUCCCCCUCUGCAUUUCCUUCUCAUACUUGCCUCUGUUGCCCGCUGCAGUGCUAAGGUGGUUUGGAUGGCUCGUUAUCUGCUGGAGCUGUCUCUCCUGGAGGGCCAUUGUGUUGUGUUUGUACCCGUGCAGCUGGCAGGAGCGGCCCUCUGCUUGUCCCGGCGAGUCCUGCAAGAGCCUCCUACACCAGAAGGGGAAGCUGCCUGGUGUCUGGCCUCCAGCAUCCAUGUUGGCAGUGAGACUGCCGUGCUGAGGAUCAUGCACAUUAUGGCCAGUGCUGCAGCCAAAGCCCACACACAAGAGAACUGCGCUAGUUUUAUUAAAUUCUCCUCGCCAGAGACCAUGCAUGUCAGCAGACACCAGGGUCUGAAGAACACUGCUGGUCUGCUGGGCGUAUGCACUUGACAUUCUUAACUCCCAGGAACUUGAUUAUAUCCCAAAGUAAAAACACUGGACCAGUAUCAUUGGAGGACCUGACUCCUGUGUGGUCCAAGGCUGUAAUGUUUGCUAUGGAUCUUGAGGCGUUACUGUGGAAAUGGGUGAGGAAGAAGUGUGAACACUGACAAAGAAUUUCAUGUAUGUGAUUUAGCCAACCUGAUGGCACACCUGUUUUAUGAUCUUAUCUUGCAGCUGAUUUAGAAAAAUAUAUAUAUUGUACUGAUGUGUCCUUCUCUAUCAAGUUAUUCCAAAAGUUUUAAUAUAAAAUAAAGUGUCUGCUGCAACA